CUUCACCAUGGCCAUUGUCAAACGAGGAGGACGUACGAAGAAUAAGACGCAGCAGCAGGCGCCAGCCAAGUCUGGCAUCAAAAAGGCGGAGUUUGAUCUCCACAAACUGAAAGAGGUCGGAGUUUCCGACUUGACGUUGCUCUCCAAAAUCACUGAUGAGGCUAUCAAUGACAACUUGCAUAAACGGUUCAUGAACGGCACCAUCUACACGUACAUCGGCCAUGUUUUGAUCUCCGUGAACCCAUUUCAAGAUUUAGGGAUCUACGGCCCAGAGACCUUGCUGAAGUACCGGGGCAGAAACAGAUUGGAGGUGCCUCCUCACGUGUUUGCCAUAGCUGAGUCGAUGUACUACAACUUGAAGUCGUACAACGAGAACCAGUGUGUGAUUAUUUCCGGUGAAUCUGGAGCGGGUAAGACAGAGGCAGCCAAACAGAUCAUGCAGUACAUCGCUAACGUCUCUGUCGAUAGUGGCAAUGCCGAAAUUUCAAAGAUCAAAGAUAUGGUUCUAGCCACCAACCCCUUGUUGGAGUCGUUUGGCUGUGCAAAGACGUUGAGAAACAACAACUCAUCAAGACAUGGCAAGUACCUCGAGAUCCAAUUCUCUGAGUCAAACCACCAGCCGAUCGCCGCCCAUAUUACAAAUUACUUGUUGGAGAAGCAGAGAGUCGUUUCCCAGAUUACCAAUGAACGUAAUUUCCACAUUUUCUAUCAGUUCACCAAACACUGUCCGACGCAGUAUCAACAGCAGUUCGGCAUUCAAGGACCGGAGACUUACGUGUAUACUUCUAGCGCCAAAUGUAUCAAUGUAGACGGAAUCGACGAUUCCAAGGACUUGGACGAAACAUUGAGCGCAAUGAAGAUCAUCGGCUUAACGGAACUUGAGCAGAACAACAUUUUCAGAAUGAUCGCUCUGAUAUUGUGGAUUGGUAACGUGUCGUUUGUCGAGGAUGAAAGUGGAAAUGCCGCCAUUAGAGAUGAUAGUGUCACCCAAUUUGUUGCUUACUUGUUGGAAGUAAACCCAGAGAUAUUAAAGAAGGCCAUAGUAGAAAGGGUUAUAGAGACAACCCAUGGCAUGAGAAGGGGCUCUACCUACCAUGUACCCUUGAAUAUCGUACAAGCUACGUCGGUUCGUGAUGCUCUUGCCAAGGGUAUUUAUAACAAUUUAUUCGAGUGGAUCGUAGAGAGAGUCAAUGUCUCGUUGAAGGGGGCACUGCAAUCGUCCAAGACUAUCGGUAUCUUGGAUAUCUACGGGUUCGAAAUCUUUGAACACAACUCUUUUGAACAAAUUUGUAUUAACUAUGUCAAUGAGAAGUUGCAACAGAUCUUUAUCCAGCUUACAUUGAAGGCAGAACAAGACGAAUACGUCAAAGAGCAAAUCAAGUGGACACCUAUCGACUACUUCAACAACAAGGUUGUCUGUGACUUGAUUGAAGCCACGAGACCUCAGCCGGGCUUGUUUGCAGCUUUGAACGAUUCUAUCAAAACGGCUCACGCUGACUCAGAUGCUGCCGACCAGGUGUUUGCCCAAAGAUUAAGCAUGGUGGGAGCCAGCAAUCGUCACUUUGAAGAUCGUAAGGGCAAGUUUAUCAUCAAACAUUAUGCUGGUGAUGUCACCUAUGAAGUAGCAGGUAUGACAGACAAGAACAAGGAUGCGUUGUUGCGUGAUUUGGUGGAAUUGUUAUCUACAUCAGCCAAUCCAUUCGUCAACCAAGUUUUAUUUCCUCCUCUGCUCUUGGCAUCGAUCACUGAUUCAAAGAAGAGACCAGAAACAGCGUCGGACAAGAUCAAGAGAAGUGCCAACGAUUUGGUGGGCACCUUAUCAAAAUGUCAGCCUUCAUAUAUCAGAACCAUCAAGCCAAAUCAGACCAAACGUCCUAAGGAAUACGAAAACCAACAAGUUCUUCACCAGAUUAAAUACUUAGGUUUGAAGGAAAAUGUGAGAAUUAGAAGAGCCGGUUUUGCUUUCCGUACAACGUUUGAGAAAUUUGUCCAACGUUUCUAUUUGCUCUCUCCCGCUACAGGUUAUGCUGGUGACUAUAUCUGGCGUGGAGACGACAUUUCUGCUGUCAAAGAGAUCUUAAAAUCUUGUUUCAUUCCUGCUACUGAGUAUCAGCUUGGUACGACCAAGGUAUUCAUCAAGACACCAGAAACCUUAUUUGGUUUAGAAGACAUGAGAGACAAGUACUGGCACAACAUGGCUGCUAGAAUCCAAAGAGCAUGGAGGAGAUACGUCAAGCGUAAGGAAGAUGCUGCUCGUACAAUUCAGAGUGCCUGGAGAAUCAAGAAGCACGGGAACCAGUUUGAACAGCUUCGUGAUUAUGGUAAUGGUCUCGUCCAGGGCAGAAAAGAACGUCGUAGAAUGUCCAUGUUGGGAUCGCGUGCUUUCAUGGGUGACUACUUGGGAUGUAGCGAUACCAGUGGAUAUGGUAGAUUCAUUGUUACCCAGACAGGUAUUAACGAAAAAGUUGUAUUCUCGGGGAGAGGCGAGAUUUUGUUGUCCAAAUUUGGUAGAUCGUCAAAGAGAUUGCCUCGUAUAUUUGUUGUCACCAGAACAACCAUAUUUAUCAUUGCUGAAGUCUUGAUUGAGAAGAGAUUGCAAUUGCAAUCAGAAUUCAAGAUUCCUAUUUCUGGCUUGAACUACGUUGCGUUGUCUCAUUUGCAAGAUAAUUGGGUUGCUUUGUCACUUCACUCACCUACCCCUUCUACACCUGAUGUGUUCAUUAGCUUAGAUUUCAAGACCGAGUUUGUCACCCACUUGAAGAAAAUCAAUCCUGGGUUGACCAUUAAUAUUGGUACUACGGUUCAGUACCAGAAAAAGCCAGGCAAAUUUCACACGGUCAAGUUUAUCAGUGGUAAUUCAUCUGAUGUACCUGAGUACGGAGAUGUUUACAAGUCUGGUACGGUCACGGUCAAGCCAGGUUUACCUUCUAGCAGUAGAAAUCCAAAACGUCCAAGAGGAAAGUCUGGAAAGGUCGAUUAUUCCAAGUAUUAUAACCGAGGAGUCAAGAAACUGUUCCCUGUACCUUCUGCAAGACCUACUGCUGCAUCUCAACCUUCAUACAAAAGUCCAGUAGAACAGUCUUACCAGCCUCAAGUUCUUGCCUACCAGACUCCACGCCCAGAAGAAGCUAAGCCAGUUCAACGUAAAGCUCCUCCGCCAGCUCCUGUAGUCCAGAAUCAACCGCAAAGACAGCCUCAAGCUAUCGAGCCUGUAAGACCAGUAAAGAAAACUGCUCCAAGUCCUCCAGUAAGAAAAACUGCUCCCCCACCACCUCCGCCACCUCCAGCUUUGUCAGCACCUGCUAAGCCCAAGUUCCCGACUUACAAGGCAAUGUAUGACUACGAUGGUUCAGUAGCUGGUUCUAUACCUCUCGUUAAGGAUGUCGUCUACUAUGUAGAGAGCAUUAAUGGAAAGUGGGGUUUGGUGAAGACUUUGGACGAGUCUAAAGAAGGCUGGUCUCCAAUUGAUUAUCUAUCUCAAUGCGAACCACCUAGUAGUUUGUUCGGUGCUGCUAACCCUCCUUCUCGUCCAGUUGCACCUUCACAGCCGAAGGUCCAAUCCAGAGAGUCGACGGUUGCUAGUGCUGCUGUUUCGAGUAGCACGCCUGCAUCGACUGUUCUGAACGGAAGCUUGAGUAAUGGGUUGGCAGAAGCUUUGAGGGCCAAAAAGACUGAAGAAACUACGUUGGCUGGCUCUUUAGCUGAUGCCUUGAAGAAGAGACAGGGUGCUACCAGAGACGACAGUGAUGACGAAGAUGAUGACGACGAUGAUUGGUGAAUGAGGUCUACAUUCUAUAUUGAUAGACACUGACUGUUUUCUAUGUUGAAUAAAUUACGCUCAAUACAGUGUACAGAAGUAUACAUCAUUCUGUUGUAAAUUCAUUCAUUCAUUAUUUCACAUAUUAAAUACAUAUUAAAGUUUGUU